AUGUUUCAUGACUUAUUCUUUUGGUGGCCGAUCUAAACAAAUUCAUUUUCACACAACACGUGUUCGAUUUUGACAAUUUGUCUUGAUUUUGGUCGAUUUAUUUACCAACUUCCAAUUAUUCAAAAUGGGUUUCGCUAACGUAUGGUAUUCGCAUCCAAGACGCUACGGCCAAGGUUCCCGUUACUGUCGGGCGUGCACCAACAAGCAUGGUCUGAUCAGGAAGUAUGGAAUCAACCUUUGUCGUCAGUGUUUCCGUGAAUACGCCAACGACAUCGGCUUCAAAAAAAUGGACUAGACACACUUAUUUUCACUUGACUAUCUACAUUGAACAUUGUAAUACGUAUGACACAAUACAUUUAUUGUCUUAAUUUUUGUUUAUAUUAUUUAAGUCAAAAUAAAUGAAAAUGAGUUGCAUAAA